CAUGCUUUUGUAUGAGAAUAUGGAUGUCUAUCAGCGCGAGCUGUACGACAUAGUCAAGGAGGACGAGGGUAAAGAGCUCUGUCUGGAAGCACGCGAGAUUGACGACCACGACACACUGGGGCUUGCCGAAGCACUUCAAGUGAACACGAAGCGGGCAGAUCUCAGUCUGGGUCAGAAUCAGAUUGGCUGCGCUGGAGCAGGCGCGAUCGCUGAGGCACUCAAAGUGAACACGACGCUGGUUCGGCUCUCUCUGGACGACAAUCAGAUUGGCGACGCUGGAGCGCAAGCAAUCGCCGAGGCACUCAAGGUGAACACGGGGCUGGAGACGCUCGAUCUGAACUGGAAUCGGAUUGGCGCUGCUGGAACGCAGGCGAUUGCUGAAGCACUCAAGGUGAACAAGACGCUGACUAAUCUCGAUCUGUCGGAUAAUCAGAUGGGAGAUGUUGGGGCGCAGGCGAUCGCUGAGGGUCUCAAAGUGAACACAACGCUUGACACGCUCAAUUUGGCCUCGAAUACAAUUGGCGAAGCGGGAGUGAUCGCUGAGGCACUCAAAGUGAACACGAGGCUGACUCAGCUCCGGCUGGGCGAGAAUCGGAUUGGCGAUGCUGGAGCGCAGGCAAUUGCUGAAGCACUCAAGGUCAAUCCGACGUUGCGUGAGCUCAUGCUGGGUAGUAAUCGGAUUGGCGACGCUGGAGCGCAGGCAAUCGCUGAAGCACUCAAGGUCAAUCCGACGUUGCGUGAGCUCGUGCUGGGUAGUAAUCGGAUUGGCGACGCUGGAGCGCAGGCAAUCGCUGAAGCACUCAAGGUCAAUCCGACGUUGCGUGAGCUCGUGCUGGGUAGUAAUCGGAUUGGCGACGCUGGAGCGCAGGCGAUUGCUGAGGUACUCAAGCCGAACACGGCGAUGACUUGGCUCGGCUUGGGAGGGAAUCAGAUUGGCCCUCUUGGAGCGCAGGCGAUUGCCGAGAUGCUCAAGGUCAACAAGACGAUGAAGAAUCUCUAUGUGGCGGGAAAUAGGUUUGGUGGUGAUGGAGCACUGGCAAUUGCUGAAGCAUUCAAGGUGAACACGACGAUGACUACACUUGAUUUGCGCGACAACCAACUUGGUGACGCCGGAGCAAUGUCGAUUGCUGGGACACUCAAAGUGAACACGACGGUGACCGGAGUCUAUCUGUGUGACAAUCAAAUUGGAAGUGCUGGAGCGCGGGAGAUUGCUUUGGCGCUCAAAGUGAACACCACGCUGACUUCGCUUGGGUUGAGAGCAAACCAAAUUACCGAAACUGGAGCGCAGGAGAUAGCGAAAGCUCUCAGAGUGAACAAAAAGCUGAAGUAUCUGGAAAACGACCUCCAGAUGAACCCUCGUGUAUUCUCCAUGUUUCCACGAUUGGCAACUGCUGACGAGGUUCAGGCCGUGUUUCGCUUGCUGACCAGCAGCCCGAAGCUAAAGGUUGGAUCGAAAUCUCUGCCUGCACUGCCAGCCGAGGUGGCCGAGAUCAUUAUGGAUCAGGCGCAGUACUGGCAGGGUGCGCAACGUACCCUGCGACUAAAAUAUGAAGAGGGUGCUCGUAUCCCUGUUCUCAUGGUCAAAGUGCCUCAGAGCGUCGAUGGAACUCCAACCCGUGUGAAAUCAGUUCAAGUGGUUCGUUACAUGCACUUGGGCGGCAACACUGGUCGCGGCUGUUGUGGCUUGAUUGCUGCAGAUGAGAAAGUUGUUGCUCGAUUCAAGCACAAGGAGCAACCGACUGUCGUCGAUGCGAAUAUCGAACUCACGACGUUCUGGCCAGUGGCGUGUCCCAACCUCCGACAAAUCCGCGCGGGUUGGAAAGUGUUCAUUCAACCCGCCCAGUAUCCCCAAGAUUUGAUUUUGGAGCGGCUGUAUGUCGGCUAUGUCUAG